GCUUUUGGGCUCUAUCGCUUUCCGUUGUUUCAGGAAGCGUUCGUGUUUGUGCAGUGUGUUGAUCUGCGCCACUGGUUAAAGACAUUUAGUGUUUAACGUUGACUAAAUUAACGUAUAACAAUGUCUGGGGGAACUCGUCUAGAGAAUGCAAACCCCAUGAUCUUCCAGAGGUCCGGUGAGCGGCUGCUGAAAGAGACGGACGAGGACGAAGACGUCCAUGACCCCAUCGACGACAGGGAAAUAUUCGAUCUGAUCAGAACCAUCAACGACCCGGAGCAUCCUCUGUCUCUGGAGGAACUCAAUGUCGUGGAGCAAGUCCGAGUCAAGGUUAAUGAUGCAGAGAGCACUGUGGGUAUUGAGUUCACACCCACCAUCCCCCACUGCAGCAUGGCAACACUCAUUGGUCUGUCAAUCAAAGUGAAGCUGCUACGCUCCCUGCCAGACAGGUUCAAAAUUGACGUCAACAUCACUCCCGGGACUCACGCCUCAGAGGAAGCAGUGAACAAACAGCUGGCAGACAAAGAGAGAGUCGCUGCAGCUCUGGAGAACUCCUCGCUGCUGGAGGUGGUCAACCAGUGCCUGUCCACCAGGAGCAUCUGAGCAGCCAAUCAGCUUUGUCGUCUUCUGCUUCCUGCCACUGAUUAGCCAAUCGUGUUUGGCUCUGUCUUUGACAACUGAGAUGUCUCUGCCACGCUCUCUACCCAGCCAUCACUAAUCAUGUGUGAAUAGCUGCAACUGGUGGAAAACUGGAAAUCAAAGACAGGAUCACACCAAGACCUGAUCCGGUGCUUCCUGCAGAAGAGGAAACUCUAUCCUUCAACGUGUCCGCCUGCAGAGAGUAGAACCUGUUAAUCAUCAAGCAGAAUAGUUCAGCUUAUACUUUUAUCUGUGAAGUUUGGGGUCGUCGGUGUGAAAAAGCCACGUUGUUCAGUGUAAUUCCUGUUUUAUAUUAUUAAAUCUGCAUUCUAACAUAUUCAAUUUCUCACUUUUACAAUAAUAUUUGGACUCAACAGCUGCAGCAACCCCCCCGCCCUGUAUAUAAUAUGAUGCUUUUGACAUUUCAUGAAAAAUGUACAGAUCAGAAAUUAAAAUGAUACAUGUGUGUGUGUGUGUGUGUGUGUGUGUGUGUGUGUGUGUGUGUGUGUGUGUGUGUGUGUGUGUGUGUGUGUUCAAGAUCUUUUAUUUUGUUUAGGGAUACAAAGAAAACAACACAACAUACAUUGAACAUGAGUGGUAGUGGUCUUGAUUGGAACAAUUUAUGAAUGACAAAACACUCACACUGCUGGAAACAUACAUCUGAAAUGCCGACAGUAUAAAUCUAAUAUUGAAAUAAAAUCUUAUCUCGUUCAUCAAU